GCAGAAAUUGUGAAGCAGUGGGUGGAUGCGCGAUGUGUGUCAGUCUUGAAAUGGUUAAACGAGCGGCGUCUCCACCCGAUGCUGUCCAGACGCUGACGGCUGCAGGUGACAGUUUAGUCCGCAGAUCACGAGCGUUUUCCGAGGAAACACGAGAACCGGGGCGGUGUCUUUGUCGUACAGCUAUCGCCUGAGAGGGUGUCUUUGCUGUACUCUAAAGGCAUAUCUAAUUUGUAACUGUUAGAAAACAAUCGCAUCGAAAUUACUUAGCCGCUGCUGAGAGGAGUGCGCACGCGCGUGCGCUACGCUACAAGGGAUUUCAAGAGUCUGGAUUUCUCGCAUCACACGGAGCAUUAAUAGGACGAAGCUUCGCUGUCCUGAUAACAUUUAGAUUUUAUACAUUGUAUUCCUCAUCUCUGAAGUGUUUCUCUUCAGAUUCAAGCCUUCGCCUCGUCGUUAUCGAUCAUGGCAUGGCCCUGUAUAACCAGGGCUUGCUGCAUCAACCGCUUCUGGAGUGAGUUGGACAAAGGUGACAUUGCAGUGCCUUUGGUUUUCACGAAGUAUUCAGACGUGGCCGAGGUGCAACAUCUGCACCCUCAACCCAAACCAAUAAUAUCACAGAAGCCGGUCACCACAGAAGCUCAACCUGCCCAUAGCGCUCAGCAGGAGGCGUUGGCCAGAGCGACUCACGGCGCUGCUGAUGCCGCAGCAUCAUCAACUCAAGAUGGGUCAGGCGCUUCUGUGAUGCGCGAGGAUUUCAAAGCCUGGAGUGUGCGUCCGGAACGAAGCUGCAAACCCAGAAACGAGUAUCAGCCAUCAAAGACCCCUUUCAACAACGUGACUCAGUACCAGAAAGAUUAUAAACCGUGGCCAAUUCCGAAAAAAGGAGAUCAUCCGUGGAUUCCCAAACCCACUCCUGCUGCACCCUGUAAGGCCGAGGGCAAGUUCUCCAAACAGGAGCAGGCCACUACUGAGGUUGAAACCGGUGUGGAAAAAUGUGAGAUUGAGGAAAAGCAGCAUGAAAAAGAUAGUAAAGAAAGGAGAAAGAAGUUAGACAAAAAAGAGCACGUGUCAGAGGGGAUCAAAAUGGAGCAAAAUGUUACAGCGGAGGGAAAGAGGAGGUCAGCUGCAGAUGCUCUCAACAGGCAGAUUAAGCAGGAAGUCACAUCUGGAAGCUCAUAUAGGACGGAGUUCAAGGCUUACACAGAUGUCAAACCAGUGAAACUCAUCAAAGCGAAAUCUCAGUACAAACUCCUAGUGGAGGAAAAAACCAACCUGGAGACCAGUUACAGCGCCACCUUUAAAGGAGAGCAGGCCAAACCUCAGGCCACAGACAACAAGCUGAUGGACCGCCGUCGGAUACGAAGCCUGUACAGUGAACCAAGCAAAGAGUCCAGCAAGGUGGAGAGGCAUCAUUUAUCACUUUCCAAGCCAAAAAAGACAACAAGCCAUAGCAAAACAAUGAAAAAAGCAAAGGAGAAGCCAAUCGCUGGGAGUCAAGCUGCCAAGAAGAAAACCUCAGUGAGCAACCAGGAGCCAAAGCCAGAGGGAGGGGUCACCAAGAAAAGCAAAGAAAUGAUCAACAGACUAGCCGAGGCAAAAGAUUAAGUGCACUUUUGUGUUUGGGGGGUUGAGGAGGCUAUAAUAUGGAAUAGAGGACUCUCAUCCCCAUGUUCAUGACUUUACUCUAAUGGCCCGACUCUGAUGGUGUCUCUACCUACGUAUUGUAGUGGAUCAAGGCUUGUCUGCUUGAUUUGUCUUGACUGUGCGGCCACUGUCCCGUCUAUUAUGAAUCUAUCUUUGCUUUUGCCCCGCAUCCCUUUCCAUAUACAUCAAUAGCUUUCUCUGUGGCAAAGAUGAUUCACGGAUCCUUGUUGCAUGCUGCCUCUGAGCAAAUGGCCAUAAGCCUUAUUAUAUAAGAUAAGGUUUUUGCUUUAUCUUGCACUGAAAGAUAUUUACUGGUUGUUUCUUUCAAGCAAACUCAUUUAAUGUGAUAUGAACUUCAUUUGAAGAAGUAUAUGGACCACUCUAAUUAGAUGCACCAAUAGCAUUGCUCAAACACAUAAUAUUUUUCACGACACAUUCAGAUUAUAGCAAUAUUAUAUUCCUCACUUACAAUCUACAAUGAACACAAGAAUGUCUAAACAUCUCAAAUCGCAUGUUUAAAGAUUGUGUGACACUGGAAAUUAGCAGUUAGGAGCUUCACGAGUCAACAAGCGCACCAUGUUUAGCAAAUGAACACGAUCCAGAAUCAAAAUAAGUAUUUCAGUUCUUUCAACAACAGUGCCAGUCAGCAGGCAUUGUUUCUCUUAAAGUGUGAUUGUUACCUUGUAGUGUAAAGCAUUAUGCUAUGGAAACAUGCUUACGCUUAGCUUGCUCUGCUCUCAAUAAAAAGCAACAUUCAGAUGUGAUUUCAUAUGCUCCAUGCGAUGUAAUAAGAGAAUUUGCUGAUGUAAACCUAAACCUGCCUGCUUUCCCUGCAUAUAAUAUUGAUGAUUGAAUUGGGAAGGAUGCUGCUAACCAUACAGCUGAGGUCUAUGCGAUUGACAGACAGAAGCAUGCCCAUCAUAGUCAUCUGUAUGUUAAUCAUCAUUCUGACCCGAUCUGUUCUGUGAGCAUGGUCCGGAGGGGUGAGAGCCUUCUCAGUGUAAAUCUACAGCCUCUUGGUCCCGAGCUUCUCCUGGGUUGUCCUACACGUGCUGUGCACACCAUUCUAGGUGCUAUCCUCAAGCUAUGCUUUCCAUAACAGUAGUGCCUGUAUAUUGAGCAACAUAGGGCCAUCAGAUGUCCAAGUGGUAAUUCUAAGUGUGAUGUGCUUAUGUUGUGUGAGCUUGCAUUGAAUGAAAUUGAUUAAAAUCAUUAAAUGAA